AAUUUUAUUCAUCCAUUCAAUAGACAAGGAAUAAUACAAGUGAAUGUUUCUGAAUGAAUAGGCUUUAAAAGCUAACAAGUUGUAUUAUCUGCGGCAUCACUAAUUUUCCCAGCCAUGGAGUACGCUGUGGAUAUGACAAGAUAUAAGCAAUCUGUCACUACAUCAUUGGACAAGACAUUUGACAAGCUGAGCCAUAUAUGGCAAGCUAUUGGACUAAGCCCCACAAAGCAAUAUCAGCGCUUACAAAUCCUCUGUGACAAUUUCACCAAAGUUGGCAAUGACAUUAUCACAUAUGAAGAAGAAGCAAGGGAGAGGCUCAUGGAGGAAAUCAAGUCUGUAUCUAACAGCAUCUUGGUUGCCUGCAGGGAUCUGCCAACAGACAUUCACCCCCUAUCUCCAGCUAAAGGUCUCGUACCCUUUGAGUUGCUGAAGACUUUACAGGAACAACUUCAGGCAAUCAGUGAUGCAAGACAAGAGAGAAUAGACGCUCGCCAGCAGCUCAUGCACAAACAAUCGGUGUUGUGUGAGCUGCUUGGUGAAGGAGAAAUGACACCCGAACCUCCUCCUGUGCCCUCCAAAGAAGAGUUGGCUUCUUUCCAGCACCACAUCCGCUCUCUAGAGAACUUGAAGGAGAAGCGUAAGCAGGAGUUCCUGCAGCUGAAGCGCUCAAUCCUGCGGCUGGCAGUGCAGCUGGAGGAGGCAACACAGGAGGAGGCCAUCAACAGCUUCCAGGACGACCAGGACGAGGACUUGUGCCUCACUGAUCAGGAUCUGCAUACGCUCAGGAGUAAGCAGAGCGAUCUUGAAUUCCGCGUGUCAGAGUGCCUGGUGAAGUGGCAAGAGCUGCAUGAUGCCAUCACUCAGCUCUGGACUGACCUGGACACAGAGGAGUCGCACCGCGAGGCAGUGAUGCUCAACUGCGCCUUACACACGCCUUCCGCUAUUGCUUGUUUGGAAAAGGAGCUGAAGCAGAUGAAGGCGCUGAGGCUUGCCAAUAUUGGCAAGUUUAUGGAAAAACUUGAGGGACAACUCAAGGAGCUGUGGGACGCCUGCUACCUGCAUGAAGAUCAAUGUAUUCUGCCACCUUGUGAGGACCCGGCAACUGAGCAGGACCUUCUUAACUUAGAGGCUGAGGUGAACAAACUUCGGAGCUAUCAACAGGAACAUGCUGAUCUCUUCCUACUGGUUUCCGAAUUCGAACACCAGUUUGAAGAUCUUCUGCGUCUAGAUAAUCUGGCCAAGGACCCUUCUCGGUUGUUCCAAACACGCGGCGGCUCUCUUUUGCAGGAAGAAAAGCAGAGGAAAAAAAUUAAAGCGGAGUUGCCGCGAGUACAGGGGAAGUUAUGGGCGGUCUAUACACGCUACGAGGCUGCGGACCAGCCCAGCCCGCUGGUGCUGGGCCAAACGGUGCCUGAAUACAUCGAGAGGAAGUGGGACGAACAUGAGCAAGCAAGACAACUUGAUAAAAAUGCCAGGAAAAUGAAUUCAUCUGGUAAAUCAAGCAAGAGUUCAGCGCCUCCUCAAGCAGCGGCAAAAAUUGUUGGUGCACGGCGCACUCCGGUGAGCGGACAUCGUCCAGCUGCUGCUAAGCUCCCUCUUCCAUCUAAACCAGCUGCUGGUGGCUCUAAAUGUGCUGCUGCUGGCGCUGCUUUCGCCGCCGCUCGUCAGCCCAUUGUUGCUUCCCGUGCUGGCAACGAUAAAAAUAUCGACGCUACUCCGGUGUCGCGGAAGCGAGUAUUGACCUUAGAAGAAGCUCCAGAAAACGAUGAAGAAUCUGAGAUGCAGGCCCAGGAAUCUGCUACGAAGAAAGCUAAGAUCUUGAUGCUCACUCCAAGUGUUCAUGAUGCAGGUGCUGCUCCAGAGGCGUCAAUUCCUACCACCUCGGAAAUGUUCAAAUCCCCUGCAAGAUUUAACAACGUGAUGACAACCGAGAAACACCUGGCAAAAAGCGUGCCGCGAGUGGUGCGGCCGCUCAAUCUGCAAGUUCCCAACGUUCUCAUUACCGAUGCGACGCUGGACUAUCUUAAAUUCGAGCACCAGCUUCGGUCGAGUCAGGAUCAACUGAACAGCACGUCGGUCGACCAACCGCUGUAUAAAGAGAACAAUCCAACAGCUUUGCCUGAUGCCGACCUCCACUCACGCGAUGUCUUCUUACAUCCAAAUGGCAACCAGUCCCAGUGAUGAUGUUUCGUAUUAAAGCUCUAUCAUAGCGUCAACGAUUACGGCAUAAAUAGAUUCGCCAUCUCAGUUUGUGACUGACUUGUCUCGGGCUGGCGGCACCAGAAUUGGUCUUGUCCAUACUUUGGAUGUAAUCAGCAUUUACAGUGCAUUUCUUAGAUUUUAGUUUCCUGUGACGCUUUUAUUUCUUACUGGGAUUUUUUCCUAUUUCUUCGUUUACUUUCUGAUGAAGGUAUUUUUUCCAGUACGGUAAUCACAACUCAUAAGUCUCGGAUCAUCCACUGAUAUUUGUUUGCCAAUGGAAUAUUCACAGAAAAGAAUUUGUUCCUCAGCGACGAAUCUUGAUUAUAAAAAAAAAAUCUUACGUUCAACAGGUUAGAUAUUCAGAAUUGAAAGCCUAUUGGCAAUUAUUGAUUUGUGUAGAGGAUUUAGAUCGACUAGAAACGGAAUUGGCAUUCGUUGCCAUUUAAUUUCAAAUAUAUUUUCCUUGGAAAUCUCUGGAAAAUGUAUAUUUACGCUGCAUUGAAAUGUAGGAGAUGUAUGCUGCAAUGUUCAAUGAUGAGGUUUGGCUGCUACUUGGUUUCUUUAGCAUACAUUAAAUUCAAGUUCCGGAAGCUAUUUACAAAAUUAACUCUUCGUUGUACGUUUCAGAUUUUUUGAUUUUUAAAAGAUAUAGACAUGAAGCUAAUAAUAGCAGUUGAUAGUUUUAUUCAAAAGGUUACUGAUCCAAAGCUUGUUCACUUGAUACAAAGGUAAAAUGAGAAAAUUUUAUUUGUCUUCCUUCGUGUUAAUGCACUUAGCGAAUCAAAUUGUAUGCUUAUAUCGAAUUGGCGUCAUACCUAUUAAUAAAUUUUUUUACGUGCCUGGAAAAAUUUUGAUAAUCUUGUUUUAUAAAAGAGACGUUCAGUUUGUUGCUGAUUGAAAUGUAUUCGUACUUUAUGCCACUACGGAUUCUGUCAGACCAUAUGUUGCGCAUUGCAGUUCCAAUGUGCGUACGCUCAAGUAUCCUGCAAAGUUGGCCAAACUUGAAAAAUACGAACCGUUAAAUAUUGUGCAGAAAUGAUUAGAGUAAAUACAUUGGCGGGAAAUAGACAACGAUUUUUUGGAAUACCGGAGAUAUUUCACCACUACUCCUACGAGCACUGUCUGCAAUAUUUAAAAACUUUGCACUCUCAAAUUUGGGCCUUUGUAAAAUAAAACCUGAUAUCGGAGUUUGUUCUUAAUGGUAAUUUUUCCUUCUUAUUCAAAGCCCAAUCUGUUGUUUUUCUUUUUACCGGUUUAUCAUUGAGGUUCUACAUAUGUUUGAUGAGAACUGUUCUUAGAAGGUAUUUUACCCUUGUUACAACUCCAAUGUGGCUUUAGCAUAUUUGAUAAAUGGUGGUAACCCUCACAUAUUUACGGACUGAGGAUUGUUGCUCUACUUGAAGCAUUCAUCUGAUUUUAUGUAAGCAUUCCUGUUGAGUUCACGCUACCUUUUCAGUUAAUAUUUGUUCAUGAACGGAAAGCAUUGUGCCUUCGCCCGCGACGUGAGCAACGUUGACUGCUCGAAGACCUUGUAAUUGACUGCGCAAGACCGACACAUUUGUUAUGCUGGACGCUUCUCAAUGUUCUGAGGCAGCGAUUAAUACAACGCAGUCGUGAGUAAACAGCGCGGAAACAAAAUGAUUUUGGAAUCUUGAUGUGGUACUCGUAUUUAGUAUCGGCCAUUUAACGUACGGAUUUUUUAAUCGUAUAACACGCAUCCUCUACAAACGUGAAUUCUGUUAAUGAAUAUUAAUCAUGAUUAAUAUCCUGUACAUACUACUUAACAUUAGUAUAACAAUGCUUGCAUAAGAUUUAGUUAUGUUUGAAUGAUCAGUUUUUUGUUGUAUUACAGUAAACGAUGCUACGAAAAUCCUUCAUGAAA